AUGUGGAGCGUCACCGUCACCGGAGCAUUGGGUGUUGCGGUGCCUACCGCCGCCGCUUGCCGCCCGAAACCAUUUCUCAUCUCCUCUUCUCUUCCCAAGCAGACGACGAAACUCCAUCUCUCUCCGCCGCAGUUAACUCUGACGUCUCAUUUCUCAUCGUCUUUCAAAGCCGCUGCCACUUCCGUCCAACAACAGUCGGAUAAUAAGGGAGAGAGCACAAAGUACUACUUCCUGGUUGCGAACGCCAAAUUCAUGCUCGACGAAGAGGAACACUUCCAGGAGCAACUGUUUGAACGUCUUCGUUACUACGGAGAGCGUGAGAAGGAGCUAGACUUCUGGCUUGUCAUUGAGCCCAAAUUCCUUGACAAGUUCCCCAAAAUCACUCAGAGACUCCGUCGUCCUGCCGUUGCACUUGUUUCCACCAAUGGCUCAUGGAUCACGUUUAUGAAGUUAAGAUUGGAUCGAGUUCUUGCUGAAUCAUUUGAAGCUACCUCUCUCGAUGAAGCUUUGGCAUCCAAUCCCACCACUCUAGAGUUCGAUAAGCCUAAAAAUUGGGUGGCGCCAUACCCAAAGUACGAACCUGGAUGGUGGGAAACUUUCUUGCCCAAGAAAAUCGAAGAAUCUGUAGUAUAG